CCCCGUCAGAAGUUAUCGUUCAAACAGCAGGAAAAGGUUACAGCGCCGAGAUAACAAAACCCACACAACACACACACACAGUGGUGGACAGGCCGAUUGGAGAUCAAAAGACGCAGAGAGGGAAAUUAAAGGGGCUUUGACUUGAAAGUAGCGGCAAGGCUGUUGAGAAGAAUUGGAUUGAUUAAACCACCACUGAUUCAUCUCGGAGCCACACGGACAAUCGUCUCUUCGAAAGGGCCAUGAUGUUAUUGUAGCGUUUGCCUUUCAUGAUGCCUCCUGCUAUAACAGACAUCUUGGAUAUCUGGGCAGUUGACUCCCAGAUCUCAGUGGAUAACAGCAUCACUGUCGACUUCUUGCUGCCAACCGGGAUCUAUAUUCAGUUGGAAAUCCCCCGGGAGGCCACCAUUGAAUAUAUCAAAUUGCAAUUAUGGAGGCAAGCGCAGGGUUACCCACUGUACAGUGUCCUUGGAGAAUCAGACUCCUACAUGUUCCAAUGUGUGAACCAGUAUGCGGUGCAUGAGGAGCUGGAGGACGAGUCUCGCCGUCUCUGUGAUGUCCGACCUUUCCUCCCUGUUCUGAAGCUUGUGGCUAGGAAUUGUAAUCGGUCCGAAAAACUACUUGACUCAAAAAUCGGCGUUCUCAUUGGGAAAGGUCUUCAUGAAUUUGAUGCACUGACGGACCCCGAGGUGAAAGAAUUUCGCAGCAAGUUGCGCAAGAUUAACGAGGAGAACAUGUUGAAGCGUCAGGGACAAUCCUGGAUGGACUGGUUGCAGCACAACUUUCCACCUGAAAUUGUAGCAACCACUUCGAACAGUGCUGAUGACAAACUGCACAAGGAACAGUUCCUUGUGGUGAUUCGAUUUGACAAUUGUCAGGAUAUCUUCAAUUUCCAAAUAUCUCCCGACUUGAAACCGUUUGGCUUGAACGAACUUGCCAUCAGGAAACAGAUGACCAACCAUGGGAAGGAGAACGAGGACUUCAAUCCGCGAGAUUUUCUGCUGUGCGUGAGUGGGAAGCAGGAGUACCUGUUUGGUGAGGAACCGCUGAUUCAAUUCCGGUACAUCAGGAACUGUGUGUUAAAUGGAACACACCCUCAGUUGACUGUGAUGGAGUGCAGAGCCAUCAAAGAGCUGUGUGAUCUAGAAAUGUCAGCCAUCGGCAUGGCCUUACAUCGGAAAAUAUCCUCUGCUCCUCUCCCUCUUCCACCGAAGAGACGGACUAUUGCUCAAAUGACGAAUAGUAUUUGGGAUGUAAAUGUUCCUUUCAAGAUUGUUCUUGUCCGAGGGAAUAAAGUAAAUGCAGAUGAAGCUUUGCGGGUUCAAAUCAGGGCCGGCAUUUUCCAUGGAACUGAGCUCCUGUGUGAACCUGCUGUAAGCAGCGAGGUCUCUGGAAAAAAUGAUCUCGUCUGGAACGAGACCCUGGACUUUGAAAUUAACAUCUGCGACCUGCCAAGAAUGUCUAGACUCUGCUUUGCAGUAUAUGGAGUGAUGGACAAAGUGAAGAAACAAAAGUCAACGAAGAACGUGACUAAGUACCAAACCAUUCGGAAAGCAGGAAAAGGACAUUAUCCAAUUGCAUGGGUGAAUACGAUGGUGUUUGACUUCAGGGGUCAGUUGAAGAACGGCAGCCUCUCACUGCACUGUUGGUCAUCUUUUCCGGAUGAACUUGAAGAGAUGUUGAACCCAAUGGGCACGACACAGACUAAUCCAUACACUGAGAAUGCAACUGCUCUGCACAUCCACUUCCACGAAUACAGCAAGGCACCCAUCUUCUACCCUGCUUUUGACAAGAUUUUGGAGAAGGCGGCUGAGAUUGCACGAAGCAGCGACAAUCUAAGUACUGCAGGCCGAGGAUGGAAGAAAUUGCACAUUGAACUGAAAGAAAUCAUGGAACGCGAUCCGUUGUCUCAACUGUGUGAAAAUGAGAUGGAUUUAAUAUGGACUCUGCGAUAUGACUGCAGGGAAAACUUUCCGCAGUCACUGCCCAAACUGCUGCUCUCCGUCAAGUGGAAUAAGCAUGAAGAUGUGGCUCAGCUCCAAGCAUUGCUCCAAAUCUGGAACAAACUACCACCCCGGGAAGCGUUGGAACUGCUGGACUUCAACUACCCAGAUAUCUAUGUACGGAUGUAUGCUGUGGCAUGCUUGAGUGAAAUGAGUGAUAAAGAACUCUCUCAGUAUCUCCUACAGCUGGUGCAAGUAUUGAAAUAUGAGCCAUACUUCGACUGUGCACUUUCCAAAUUUCUCUUGGAGCGAGCACAAGCCAACAGGAGGAUAGGCCACUUCUUAUUUUGGCACCUCAGGUCUGAAAUGCAUCUGCCUGCCAUUUCACUGCAGUUUGGGUUGAUCCUUGAAUCGUACUGUCGAGGAAGUAUCACGCACAUCAAAGAACUUUCCAAACAGAUGGAAGCCUUGAAUAAGAUGAAAGCUAUCAAUAAUCUAGUAAAAAUUAGCUCCCUGAAGGUGGCAAAGAAUAAACUGAAGGAUGUGAUGCAUACCUGCUUAAAACAGCCUGUGUACAAGGAAGCUUUAUCUAACAUCAAGUCACCACUUGAUCCCAGUGUAAUCCUGUCUGAGCUGAAUGUAGACAAAUGUAAGUACAUGGAUUCCAAAAUGAAGCCUCUUUGGAUUCUAUACAACAAUAAGAUGUUGGGAGGAGACCCUGUGGGUAUUAUCUUCAAAAAUGGCGAUGAUCUUCGACAGGACAUGCUGGCUCUGCAAAUUCUGCACUUGAUGGACUUGCUGUGGAAAGAGGCAGGCUUGGACCUCAGAGUUCUGCCCUAUGGCUGCCUUGCAACGGGAGAUAAAUCUGGCAUUAUUCAGGUGGUUUCUGCUUCAGAAACAAUAGCCAAUAUACAACUGAACAACAGUAAUGUUGCUGCUACUGCUGCCUUCAACAAGGAUGCUUUGCUGAACUGGAUCAAAGAGAAGAAUUCUCCGGAUGCCUUGGAGCGAGCAAUUGAGGAGUUUACGCUGUCGUGUGCGGGCUACUGUGUAGCGACGUAUGUACUCGGGAUUGGGGACAGACACAGCGACAACAUCAUGGUCCGUGAAACUGGUCAGCUCUUUCAUAUAGACUUUGGCCACAUCCUUGGCAAUUUCAAGUCCAAGUUUGGGAUUAAGAGGGAACGUGUGCCUUUCAUUCUUACCCACGACUUCAUUCAUGUCAUCCAACAAGGGAAAACUGGAAACACAGAGAAAUUUUGCAGGUUUCGUCAGUGUUGUGAAGAUGCCUAUUUGAUUCUACGCAAGAACGGAAACUUGUUCAUUACGCUGUUUGCCCUCAUGUUGACAGCAGGUCUACCCGAACUAAGCUCCAUCAAAGACAUCCAGUAUCUCAAGGACUCGCUGGCUUUGGGAAAAACCGACGAGGAUGCCUUGAAGCAGUUUCGACAGAAGUUUGACGAGGCCCUUCGUGAAAGCUGGACAACUAAAGUGAACUGGAUGGCUCACAUUGUGGCCAAAGAUGGGCGAUCCUAGCAAGAAGUGAAAAUACUACAGGCUUAUCAAAUUGGGGAACAUCUGACUUGUGCCCCAAAUGGCAGGGCAGUCCCCACUCGUUGCACUCCAUGCCUUCCAGCACAGUUAGAACGUUGCCUAAUUCAAAGUGUAUAUAUUGCAGGACCCUGUUAGCUUGGCAUGCUACUGGUUGCUUCAUUUUUAUUGGCAUGGCACGCGUGGAAGAGGUGUAAAUUUUUCAGAUGCUAGGGAGGAUUGAUGUACAAACAUUGAACGCUACUACUGGAGAUUGUAGCAGCAGUGGACGCUGUUCAUUUUAGUAUCUAUUUAUAGUAGAUUUUUAAGUUUAAAAGAAAAAGACUUGAAAUAAAUUUCUUUAAGUUUAAAGUUUUUAAUUUAAAAAAAAAAAAAGUCAAAGGCUUAAAGAUCACGGCAGGGUUCCAGUGAACAGGAAUUGAAUUGAGUAUUUAUAUUAUUCUGGAUUGGCAAUUAAUACCAGUCCAUUGUACAAGCAUUAAACUUUAUCAGUCAUUCCCCUCUUGGGCAACCAUAACUACACCUUCAUUGACAAUAUUACCAGAGUCAUUUAUUUAAAAAUUAAAAGAAAGCAAUUCUGUUGAGCCGCUAACCUCGUUGAAUAGUGUUGAGAAUGAGGAAAGAACUGGGUAUUUUUAUACUGAGCACAUAUCUACCCAUGACACUAUUCUGGUUUCUUAUUUAAGGGCCAGAAAUAAUUCAGUAUCCAUGUUGCUGUGACCUUAGCACUGAAUAAGGACAGACUGUCACUCAGCUUUGUGAUCUAUCAAGUCAGUUGACAUUUUCAUGAGUGAUUCACUCUUUCAACGCAGUCUUUGUUCCCUUGAUAUGCAAGAACUUUUACUGUUCGGUUUUCUCGUUGCAGUUUACAUGGGACAAAAAAUGAGAGCUCUGUGCAAUUUCAGGUGGCGUUUCCAUGCAUUGGUAGCAACUGGGUUCUAUUCUUUUCAAACCACCCAUCUGUCAUUCAGCUAAACUUUUUAAGUGCCCUAAUAUACCCUUUAAUCAUUUUCCAAGUGCUGUUGCAGAUAGUUCCAUUCUCAAGUGUAACAGACCCCCUACCCAUGCCGUGUCCUUUGUGGAAGGUACAUAUUGUAGAGGUAAAGGGCCUGUCCCACUUGCGUGUCCUUGGCACGCAUAUUACGCGACCUCAUGGUUGCGUCGAGGAGCGACGGUCCCGCGCGAUUUUAUGCGCCCGCAUAGCCGUCUGGAGCGCGUGACGUCAUUUGAAGAUAGACACAAAAUGCAGGAGUAACUCAGCGGGACCAGCAGCAUCUCUGGAGAGAAGCAAUGGGUGACGUUUCGUGUCGAGAUUCUUCUUCAGUCUGAAAAGAAGGGUCUUGACCCGAAACGUCACCCAUUGCUUCUCUCCAGAGAUGCUGCCGGUCCCGCUGAGUUACUCCGGCAUUUUGUGCCUAUCUUCUAUUUUCUUGGCCCCGCUCUGGGAGUAGAAGUGGGGGCGGAUCCGGACCGCAACGGCCGUGAGCCCCAGGCCGAGCUCGGCGAUCGUUUGCCUGCUUCUGCUGCUGUUGGAGGUGAGACGUUGCGUCACGCCAGGGUCUUGGGCCUGUCCCACUUUGGCCAUCAGUUCCGCAACAGGCCGUUGGCGCGCGAAGAUUUUGUUCGCUACAAACAUUUCGGAGCCCCGUGCGAUCUCGCGUACAACUACAUACCCCUCCGCGCUUGUCAGUGGGACCCGCCCCGCGCGGCCAUACGAUGCCCGUGCGCUUCAACGCGAUGACGAGGUGGCGUAAUUUGCGUGCCAAGGCCACAUAAGUGUCAUCACUCUGAGACCACUAUCAUUGACGUCACGUAUAUGCUUUAGAUUGCCCCUUUGUAGCAUCUCGAUUUCCUGUGCGUUUGUGUAUAAUUACAUCAACGCCCAAUUGCUCGACUCUAAUGGUAUAAACAACGAAAGUCAUCAUUACACACCCACCUCACCUCCAACAGUUAUGUGUCAAACUUGUAUUGGGAAAAUAACUAUUUUCAUAGUAAACCAUGAAUCUUCAGGUAAACUAUGAAUUUUCACGGUUUACCUGAUUGCAUCCAAUGCACACAGACACGAGUUCAUUUCAAUCUAAACUUUGACGGUUCUGAUCUCCCACCUCCAGCAGCUAUUUUUUUUUUUUUUAAAGUUUGUCAGUUUUACCUUUCUGAUUCAGCUCGGAUGCAAUGUCAAAACCUUAUGUUGCCUGAAGUGACAGUGGCACAGCAGUAGAGUUGCUGCCUUCAGCACCAGAGACCCGGGUUUAAUCCCGACUAUGGGUGCUCUACGUACUCAGUUUGUGCGUUCUCCAUGUGACCAUGUGUGUUUUCCCCGGGUGCUCCGGUUUCCUCCCACACUCCAAAGACGUGGGUUAAUUGGCUUUGGUAAAUGUUGUAAAUUGCCCCCUAGUGUUUAGGAUACUGCUAGUGUAGUGGGUUCACAGGUCAGCAUGGACUCAGUGGGCCAAAGGGCCUAUGUCUGUGCUGUAUCUCUGAAGUUGAUUAUCCAAUGCUGCUUUUUGAGAGGGGGGAAUGUACAUCAACCUUUGUUGCAUUGAUGGCAUGGUAUUGCAUUCCCUCUUUCCUGGUGCUAUGCAGCUUCCCACUCAGAUUGUGUAAUAGAAAAGAGAAAGUUUGUGGGAAAGUUAAGCCAUGGCGUUCAACACAUUGUUGAAUGCACUACCCUUGUGGCUACUAUUGAAGUAUAGGAUUGUACUGGCUUUAACUAUGAAGCAACCUAUCCCCAGUUCUAAUCUAAAGACAAAGUAAUGAAUUGAAUUACAAUUAUGGAUUUGAUAUUGAUUCAUCUAACAGAAUCUCAGUAAAAUAGACAUCACGCUCAUUACUUUUUCCUAAUAUUAUGAUCCCACAAAAUUCCUUCUUACAAACUAAAACAUCUCAGCCAUAUCUUUACCUUAAUCACUUUAAUAUGCUUAUCAUCCCAGUUCUUCAUUUGCAUAUUUUAACAGAAAUGCACAGUAAAUAUUAAAAUAAUUAAUAACGCUCAACUGCACUUUAGCUAAUAAAAUGUUUAGGUUUUGAGGUAGAAACAUGAAACUAGACGAGGACGGAUAAUGCUUUUGCAGACUGUAAACUCGCAUUUAUAUGCAGGCUUAUGGCUUUAGUGCCUCGCACCUUACAGAUUGGGCAUCGAGGCUAUUAACAAUAGUGUUCGACUUUCUCAAAAGCCACUAGUGUAGACGCAUGUGAGUUACACCUUUUCAGAAGGUGCAUCAACAGCAGAAACUCAAGGCUAAAGUCCCCAGUUCACUACUACUUCAUGACAAUGAAAUAUGGGCCACUUUCCAGUCAGGUUGACCAAUUAAAGAAAUCAUCGUAACCGCUUGUGAAGAUUUGAGCAAACUAGCAACUGACUGGAAAAGCAAUAGAGAAAAUCCUUCAGAUAACCUGGAACUCGAAGAGAAAGAACCCAUCAUGUUCAAUGGUCUAAUGGUGAAAUAGACUCUUUGUGUACGCCAAGGCUUAGUGAUUGUGAAGUGUUAUUUAUUUGUUUUGAAUAUUAUAUAAUGUUCCUUUCCACACCUGCAUACUUUUCCUCACGUAUUCUAUCUAUCCCUUGGAAGAUGGGAUGUUCAUUGAACAAACUGCUCUGUUGCUGCUGCCAAUGCUGUGUUACAUUGAUCCAACACAUACACAAGGCAGGGAAGCAUACACCUUUAUCACUCUCUCUCCCACCUUUACAAAGACUGUCGAUACAACCUUGUGAUCAACUGAGAGACGUCACACUUGCCAUCUGGCAAUAGCAGCGAUUGAAUAUCAGAGAACGGGAUAUGUGCCAGUAUACGUAUUGGUAUUAAGUUGCUACAGCACCAGUGCUACUGAUUGCACAUUGUUUAAAGUGGAUGGCUCAUUGCUACUACUGAUGUGUCGAUUUGUACAACGUUAUCACGGAUUAAAUGUUUUGUUCAAAGGCUUGGUCAAUACUCCUUUGUUACAGCAAAUAUUACGCAAUGAAUUUAAAUUCCAAGUCUUUACAAUGUGUACAGUAAAUGAAUGGUAGAUCAUUUCAGGAAACUGUGCCUUUUGAAGUUUGAAUGUACUGACAUUGUGAAGUGUUUCCAAAUUUAUUUCUUCCUGGUAUGAUCAUCCAAAUGUUACAUUUCAGAUGAAGUGCAAUGAUGCACAUUAAAUGGAUGUCGAUUGUAUAUUUUGCUUUUAAAUAAACUUUUUAUAGAAAAACAAAA